AUGCCAGGUAAUCGGCUACCCCAGCCACCGAGGUACAUCGUCCCGGAACUGCCGACGCUGCUAUUCUCCUGUGUGGCACUGCGAUCGCUCCGCCUCGGCUACUGCAUACUCUCCAUGCUGGAGGUCAUCAACCUGCCGUCGCUCCAGUCGCUCCACAUUACUCGCGUCCGGAACAAGGAGGAGCACGUGCAGAGGCUCAUCUCCGGCUGCCCGCUCCUCGCGGACCUGACGCUCGAGGCCUGCAGCAGCCUGACCGCACUCUGCCUUGUCGACAACACGCGUCUCCGCAGGCUCGCCCUCCGGUUGUGCGACAACCUGGCCAACGUAGCCAUUGACGCGUCAGGGCUCCUCUCCUUUGAGUAUCUCGGCGCCAUCCCCGACAGCUCGUUCCUCACUAUAAGCGGCGGCGGCGGUGGCGGCUUUCCGGCCAUCACGUCGUGCAAGAUCGACACCUUCGUUGUCCUCCGUGAGGAGGUGGAGCACAUCAGCUUUCGAGCCAUCACGUGGCGCAAGAUUGACACCGACGUUGGCUCCCGUGAGGAGGCGGAGGUCCUCCUCAAGCUCGCUUCAUUCUUGCAGCUGUUCGUUUCCACAAAACACCUCCACUUGUGCUCCACUCGAAUGGGAUCCUACUUUGUGAACCUCCCGGAGUUCUCGAGCCUCACCCACCUUGAGCUCAACGGACGUGUACUGCAAGACGAUGAUCCUGCCUUGGCCAUGGCCGUGACGAGCAUAAUCCUCGGUCAGGCUCCUAACCUGGAGCUACUGACCCUGGUGUUCCAACCAGGGCCGCAAGAGUCGCGCUACUAUGGCCCCGACCGCAGCGAGGGGGAGCUUCUCGACAUGCAUCUUCUCCACUACGACAAGCACGCCACCAUUGACGACACACUGAUGGUUAGCAUGCCGGUCCCAUCGUGCCUCAUGAACCGAGUGAGCAAGAUUGAGCUAGUGCAUUACCAAGGCGGCACAGCGCAGAGGACGUUGGCCAAGUUUUUGCUUGGCAAUGCUCUUGCCCUCAAGACGCUCUAUUGUGGAUUCGCGGAGGGGCCGGAGUGGAUUCAGAUGGAACUGAUGCACGAGAUGGAAGACUGGGUGAUCGCCAACAAGGAGUUUUGUUGA